GGCCGAUGAAUUGUGUCGUUUUUUGUCACCUUUCAAACGAGAAAAGUAAGAAAAACAAGAUUAAUCAAGAUUUUCAACCCACCACCCUUCUACUUUUCUUCCUCUUCUUUCCUCGUCCCCUUCAACACCAAUUCCUAACCUUCUCUCUCUCUCUCCUCUCUCUUUCUCUCUCCUCCGUGCAAUUCUCAUUGCACUACCGGUGCUCUCAUCUUCAUCAUUAAAAUGGCGAAGAAUCCCACAUCAGAUACAAAUAGAGUUUCAGAAAGGAACAAUUCACUGGUUGUUUGCUUUGGGGAAAUGUUGAUUGAUUUUGUCCCAACUGUUGCUGGAGUGUCGCUUGCUGAAGCUCCUGCUUUCAAGAAAGCUCCAGGUGGUGCUCCUGCUAAUGUGGCUGUUGGCGUCUCAAGACUUGGUGGCUCAUCAGCUUUUAUAGGCAAGGUGGGCGACGAUGAAUUUGGGCGCAUGUUAUCUAACAUUUUGAAAGAAAACAAUGUAAACAAUUCUGGUGUGCGAUUUGACCAAACUGCAAGAACUGCAUUGGCAUUUGUUACACUCAGAGCUGAUGGUGAGCGUGAGUUUUUAUUUUUCCGAAAUCCAAGUGCUGAUAUGCUUCUCCGCGAAGCAGAACUGGAUAUUGCUCUUAUUAAACAGGCAAAGAUCUUCCACUAUGGUUCAAUUAGUUUGAUUGAGGAACCAAGCAGAUCGGCGCAUCUUGCUGCAAUGGGCAUUGCCAAAAAGAAUGGUUGCUUCCUCUCUUAUGAUCCAAACUUAAGAUUGCCAUUGUGGCCCUCACACGAGGCUGCUCUGAAGGGCAUAAUGAGUAUCUGGGAUCAGGCUGAUUUAAUUAAGAUAAGUGAGGAUGAAAUCACAUUCCUCACUGGUGGUGAUGAUCCCUAUGAUGAUAAUGCGGUGUUAACCAAGCUUUUUCAUCCAAAUCUUAAGCUUUUGAUUGUGACUGAAGGGUCAGCAGGUUGCAGAUAUUACACUAAGGAGUUCAAGGGCCGGGUCCAUGGCGUUACAGUUAAACCCAUUGACACAACAGGAGCAGGCGAUGCAUUUGUGAGUGGGAUACUGUACAGCCUAGCUUCUGACCUAAAUCUAUUUCAGGACGAAAAGUGUCUACGAGAAGCUCUAUCAUUCGCCAAUGCCUGCGGUGCAAUCACGGUAACAGAAAGAGGAGCCAUCCCUGCAUUGCCCACAAAAGAUACUGUGAUCCAAUUCUUACAAAAAGUUGCUGCUUGAUGAAGUAAAGGCAGACACAGCAGUCUAAAAUACUUGUAUUUUUUUUUUCCCCCUUGUACCAAAGUCCAAAAACUAUGUAAUCCGACUUUCCUUUAACGAGAGCAAUCAAUUUAGCGUUUGCUCCUUGUGUUCUUCUGCUGUUCACCCGUUAUAAAAAGUUUCCAUUUUGCGCUGCAA